CCUCUAACUUCUGAAUUAUUCCCUGAUGUAUAUAUCACAGGACCUCACCUGGCAUCGAGUUAGGUCAGCUCACACUCUGUCAUCCAUGGAGAUCAUGUUUGACGGGAUAUAAAGCGUGAGAAAGCAGUACCAGACGGGAGCCUUCACGAUUGCGACUUCCUGCCGUUACGCUCGAGUGAAGGUUGUUUGCGCAUCGAUAGCCGUGAGCUCCUUCUCAAACAGAAAUGACCUUCACUUCCUUCUCUGCGACUCUGUCGCUGUCUCUUGAUCUCGACCUACUCACCCUUUUCUAUUUCUUCACUCGCUCGUAUCUCAUCGGCAGUCAUCACGCACCUAAAACGCGUCUCAACUUCCUACAAUAUAGCAUUGUCGAAAAGCUUUCCAAACCUCACAGAGUCAAGCUACCAUGUUCAAACUCCCUCUUCAGACCGUGCGCAGUAUUGCCAGACCUAGAUCACUUUCCUCCAAGCGCCACCUCAGACAAAAUUCCAGCUCGGCGUCCGACCGCACCAUGUGCGUUAAUCGCGCCAUUAAUGAGCUACAGGCUGCACAGGGUACGACAACUACCGGCCGCAUUGUCAACAAGAUAUGCACACGUCUCGCCAACGAUAGGGCGACGACGCGUACGGAGCAAUUGAUCUGGCUCGCCAAGCAUGCUCUUGAGACAUCAGCAGCAUUUAACCAAGAUACCAAUCGCAGUGAUGAUUCUAUAUCUCACAAGCGAAGAGAAAAGGGCGGAGAUGGACAGAAGGCAGCCGCUUCUGAGGCGAAGGCCAAAACAUCUCACGAAGGCGUUUCCGUGUGGCCAUCUAUGUGGUAGAAGUCGGCCGGUAGUACCCAUGGCUUCGUGUAUCAGACGGAGAGAUCCUUGUUGGUUACAGGUGCUACUCUACCAUCCAGAAGCCCUUUGUGGACGUGGUUGUGCGCAGUGCACAUGGGCUCUCUGAGUUGCUAUGUGGACCAGAGUACCCUAUGUGGGCUUUCAUGACAACACGAAUUACGCGCCUAGAUACGCGCGAAUACGCGUAAGGUCGCACUAAUGAGGUUGCGAUGUACGCGGGCGGCCAGCAAGGCAGACUUGAGGUGGUCUUGGGAUUGUCAUAUUCCGAAACAGUGCUACGACAUGGUUACAUAUGAUAAUCUAAUCAUUCUCUCGUCC